UUGUGAAUUAGUGACAGGAGGAUCAAAAAGCAUGGGUGUGGAUCAGAACUGGUGACUGGGUGGAAAAAGAGACAAGGGACUCGGGUUGCUUGUUGUGUCCAAAUUUGUUUUGUUGCUGCUUUCCCAUCAGUUUACAUGUAAGAAGGACUGUGUAUUACACAGCUUUCACAUAAGGCAGGGAAGAACAUCUCCUUUUGGAAGUCAGUACAUAAAUGUUUUCUAGUUUAAUGGAGCUUUUUGUUAAUUGCUACAGACACUAAAGGCUCAGUGGUUAAGAUACAGAAAGCCCCUAGGCCUAUCACUGCUGUAAAACUUAUCAUUAAUUACUGGCAGAUCCCAGCUGACUGAUUUGUUUAUGAUUUUCUUGGGCCAGGGUCAAAGACAUCAUCCUGACAUACAGUAUCAACGUCGAAAAGUCUCUCUUCCAAACUUGAAAUGGAAACCCACCUUGUGCUGUCAGAAAGCACUGAAGAUGAUGAAGAAAACCCAAUGAAAAAUCCAUUUAAAGUCCCAUCAGAUACUGAACUUUUCUCAUUGAGGGACAAGGAAAUUAAGAAGGCACAGGCGGAAUAUGACAAGAGGAAGACUAUGAAAGUCCAUGAGAAAACCACUUACUCCACUAAAAUGAAGGCAAAAAGCGGGCUGAGGAGAGCUUUGAAAAGGGAGGAAGAAGAGGAGGGCAGAACAGAGGCGACAUGUGAAGAGAGACUGAAAGAUCUUCAGGAGAUGCUUUCACGGAAGUUAGCCAUGAAAAAAGAUUAUGCAUUAGACAGGGAGACCUUCCAUGGCUACCUACAGGACAGAAAACAGAUUUUUUUUCUUGAGUAUGCCAUUGCAGUAAAGCGAGAGGAGAUUGAAAAGAUGAAGACCAUAGCAAAGAAUGAGGAAAAAAAGCUGGAAAAGGCUGAGAGAAGGAUGGAGAAGGAUGCUGCCAAGUUUGAUGAGUUCCUGAAGGAGAACCACAAUAACUCUGUUGAAGCACUGAGAAUAGCCAGAAGAGAAACCUCAGCAAAGACAAAGAAAAUAACAGAGAUCAAUGGAAUCACUACCCAGAUAAAGAAAAUCCAAAGUGAUAUCUCCAGAUUCGAGGACACUCUGCAGGAGUACAAGAUGUACAGGGACAUCCUCUACCAGCUAUCUCCAAGAGAGUGGCAGGAGAAGCACAGAAAAAGGUGCAAAAAAGAAAAGGAUGUGAACACAGAAUCCAGAGUUAAGGAAGGAAGUGCUUCACAUCCCUCCACUGCAGAGCAGGACCAGGAUCCAACAGCCAGGACAAACACUGCUCACAGCUUCAGUUUCACGGAUAUACCAAGUUCCCUGAUGUUUUCAGAAAGUUUGGAUUUCAGGUCACGUGAUGUCAGCCCCCAGCUUAAACAAUUCCUGAAGCCUCUUUCAUCAAGAGAACUAAGUUCACUGGAGGAUGCCGACAGUGAAAUCAGCUCGGAUGAAGAUGAGGAGCCUGAGCUUUAUUUUACUCAUCCUGAACAAUUACUGAUUACUUUCACGGAGAUGUUGGAUGAGAACUUGUCCUUCGUCCUGAACUCCCAGGAUAUCGCAGAGAGUUGGAACAAGGUCCAGCAGACUUUCAUCACCACACGUGACAGCAUGGAGAAGGAGCUGGCAGAGCUGAAAGAGCAGGUGAACACCCUCCGAGACUCUGUUGCCAAGGAAGAAGAGAAAGUAGCCGACCUGAAGCUCAAAGUUCAGCGCUUUUCCUCUGGAGAGCACGAGGGUGAUGGCCAGGACAAAAUGCUCACAAGCCUGAACAAGAAGGUGCUGGAAGUCUAUUCCAACUGCACUGGAGACAAUGAGACAAACCUGCCAACAGUAGAGAUGUUAAAGGUGAUAGAAAAAAAGCUCAACGAUUUACUGGACAGUGUGGAGAGAAUCCCACCUGCAAAGAUAGAAAAGGCUGUGAAAGCCAUAAGAAAGGAACAGAGGGCAAGGCUCAGAGAGGAAAAGCUGAAACAAGCAAAGCAGCAGCAGGAUGAAGGAUUGAAAAGGGACAUGGAAAGAUCACAGGUACCUGAAGAAAAAAAGAACUACAAGAAAAUGGCCUCACCUUCCAAACCACCUGCCAGGAAGGAGAACAACCAAGGAAAUAAAUAAGAAGGAAGAAUAAUUGUAUUAUUUCUCCUGAUGGCACAGCCUUAACCAUAGCUCAUAGGGCUGAUGCCGUUCUAGAAGACUUCUAGAUUUACAUUCUGUCAGUCUUUGCACAGCUGAAAUUAACUGUCCCAUGAAAUUUCCUUCUUCUCCUACCUGAAGAUUCCAGGGAAAGUUUGCAAACUUCUUCCCCUUCGUUUGGUAUUUUGCCUAAGAAAAUAAAUAAAAAAUCUCUCAUUUUGCUUCUCAAACUCCUGCUAAGCACCAAUGCUGUUCUCAUUCAGUUUUUGAUGUCAAUAGCACUAUCCAUACAAACCUGAGCAGUGAGAUCUGUAACAGUCCUAGGUGACCAUCUUUGUUAAGGCACAACUAAGCCAGGUACCUCAUAGAAAUUUAUGAUAAUCACAGGUCUUCUGAAGGACUAUAAAAAGCAAGGUCUAUGCUCCAAUCCAAAGCCAUUAUAGACUUCACCCCACUACAGUGGAGAAGAUGCAAACGAAGGAAAAACACAAACUC